CGAUCACGUGGGAGCCACACCUAGAGCUCGCCGUUUCAUCGUCAGUCUCAUUUUUACAGUGAUUUACUUCCUUGUCGGUCUCUGAUUUUUCUUACUGAUCUUAUCAAGACGUAAAAAAAAGUCCUGUUACAAGAUGAACCAUCUUCUUGUUGGUGGUUUUGGGAGCUCAGUUCUCGGGACGGUGUUGUUCGUGGUGGGGAUAGCGACCCCCGCCUGGAUGUCGGCUGAAGCACAAGGGGCGAAGGAAGAGAUCGGACUGUGGCAGGUCUGCGGGACAUAUUUGGGGGUGACGGCUUGCAGGGCUUACCCAGAUAUCAGUGUGCUGUCCGGUGCCUUCCAUGCCACCCGGGCCUUCGCCAUCAUCGGCUCGAUGGUGCUCUUCGCCGGCGUCUCUCUGGUCGGCUUCGCGGCGAUGAAGAACAUCAACAAAUUCAAGAAGCUCGGCGGUGCCCUGAUCUUCACUGGAGGGAUCUGUGGUAUCCUUGCUGCCGGCAUCUUUACCGGGGACAGCUUGGCUCACGCACAGGGCGUGUCCGUCCCGUUUGGCUACUCCAUGUACCUGACCUGGGCUCAGGCGGUCUUCACGCUCGGAGGAGGCGCCGUGAUCAUCGCUGCCGCGCGCAGGAGCGACGAGGAUGAGAUACCUGCCGUCCGCUUCUAAAAUACAUGCUCCAAUAAUCGAUUUUAUGGAUCCAAGUCCGCAUGCGCAGCGAGAUGCAUUGUGGAUGAUCCUUGUACAUUGAUCUCCAAGCAGAUCCUACGGUAGCAAAAGAUAGUAUCAAAAGCUGGCAGAAGAGUGAAGCCGUCCUAGGAGUGUGUUUGGCUACAUGGCAAAUGUUCAUCUCAUGACGACUACACUCCUUGGCCAGUUUAGUACUAUCUUGUGCCAUCGUAGGAUCUGCUUGGAGACUACAUGUAUGUCAAAGUUGAAUGCCUCUGAGACAUAAACAAAACACGUCUGGAUAUGUAUCAAGCACUUAGCUAUAGACAUAAAAGUGUGAAAAAAAUAUAGCCUUUGGAACUUGAGGUGAAUUUCAGCUGUUACAUUACUGACACCUAGGUCCAUUCCAAAAUUCCCCGGAAAUAUAAGAUCAUGUCUGAUUUUCUAGAAACUAGUAAGAAUCAAUAGUACAUAUAUUUCUCCAACAUAUAUGGGAAUAUCAAGUGAAUCCAUGCGUUUGAUGAAAAUAUAUAGCCUUUGGAACUUGAGGUGAAUUUCAGCUGUUACAUUACUGACACCUAGGUCCAUUCCAAAAUUCCCCGGAAAUAUAAAAUCAUGUCUGAUUUUUCAAAAACUAGUAAGAAUCAAUAGUACAUAUAUCUUUCCAAUAUAUGUAGGAAUAUGAAGUGAACCCAUGCCCUUGACUCAGAAAAACAUCUUUGAUUUUUUUCAAAAACUAGUAAUGGUCAACAGUAUUUGUAAUUUUGUAUGUCUGAAACUUAUGUGAGAAUAUCAAUUGCAUCCUUGCUUCUCACUAAGAAAUAUAGAGUUCGAAAGUACAAGUAAACAUGCUGGCUGUAUUAAUUUGAAUGUUGUAACUUCAGUAUUCCAUGGCUGAGUGCUAUAUGCUACUUGAUUGCCUCAAGCAAUAGAAGUCAUUACAUUUAGAAUUCCCCUUUCUUCAUUAUAUUUGAGGUGAUUGAGGAAAUAUGCGCUUUUGAUCAAGAAAUACAGACUUAAGUUAAUUAAUGUAAGUUGGUCAACCAACAUACAUAUGGAAGUCAUCCUGAAAGGAAACAAGAGGUAUACUAGUAGGUCAUUAGUACUCGUAUCUUCACUAUAGUAUGCAGAGAGACACUUACUCAGAUGAAUAUCAACUCAUUUUUUAAUGAAGAAAUAUAGACUCUGAUUCUUACUGGGAUAGUACAUGAAACUUGAGCGUAUUUGUUAUGUGCUGCAUAUUCACUUGAGUGCAUAAGUAGCUUUACUUACAGAUUGAUUUUUUUGCUAUAACAGUAUAAGGCUAAAGGAGCAAAAUAUUGUUAAGCACUUAAGUAAUUAAUAACUUGCAGAUUUCUGAUUUUAUAUGUCUGCAUACCCUGCCCCCUCCCCCUCACACAUAGAUUACAUGUAUCUGGCUAUUCAAGUGACCCACACCAUAUCAAAGUACUCUAUCAGUAGAAUUGAAGAGUAUGAUAGUUCAAUGAAUUCCUUGUUAACUUUCCACUGUGAAAUGUUUUCUUUUUUCAGAUGGUGUCCGCUCAACAUUGGAAAUAAAAUGAACACUGAAGACUUUUAGUUCUGACAUAUGAUGAUGUACCUUGAACUACCUUCCUAACAAAGGAGUUGAAUGCAACCAUAGGCAUAUUUAUAGUUAAUUGUUUUUUUGAGAAUAUCAUGGUAUUUUAUACAGAGUUUUGGAUUUUCAAUGCAGUGAUUUGUAAAGUUGUUCAUAUACAGUGAAGAAGAAGAAGAGUAUACAUA